AUGGAUCCAGAACCUGUUCAUAAUGAGGAAUAUUUGAAUUGGCUACACAAAUACAUUCCUUUGACUGUUCAUCUUGUUUGGCAUUAUGUUGGAAAUAACUAUCAUUUACUAAAUUAUGUGAGCCUCAGGUUACCAUUUAUUAUUCAUGGUGGAACUGAUAUGGUUGUUGUGAAUGACUUUGAUGUUGAUACUAAUAUGAUUCCAGAAGGUAUUCAUGCUGUGCUGAAUUUGAAAAUAAAGAUAGAAAGGAAUCAUAUAAUGCAGGUCAUUUUUGAAAUAGUCGCUGCUGAUUUACUUGUUUCUGAAGAUAAGGAAGUUUUUGGAAUCUUAUCAAAUCUUAUAGAUGAUUGGUACAUAUUAUGGAUUGAAGAUAAUAGUAUAAAAAACUGGAAAGUAUCAAGUCGGAAUAUUGCAGUUGAGGUGAUGAAUAAGCUCUUAGGAGGUGAUUUUGGUGAUAGUUCUGGUGUCAAUACAAAGGGUACAUCAAUAAUCAUUCCAGGCUUCAAUCGUGUCAAGUUCAAAACCUUGUUAUCUGAUCAUUUCACCUUAGAGGAAAGGAUUUAUUUAGAUUCUGUAAAAGAUUCAUAUAGUAAUACGUAA